AUGGCUGCCACUCCCCCGGUCAAAUCAGACCCAGACUCCAGCACCCAAAAGGAGGAGCCCAGCACCUUGGAGCCAGACAGCAGGUCCUGGCCUAAAGAUGCCAUAGAUGACAAGGUGGGAGACCUGGUGGACUUCCUACUCCUGAAGUUCCGCACGAAGGAGCCGACCACCAAGGCUGAGAUGCUGAGCAGCGUCAUCAAGAGUGACCAGGAGUACUUCCCCGAGAUCCUCAGCCAAGCGUGCGAGUGCAUGCAGCUGGUCUUCGGCCUUGAUGUGGAGAAGGCAGAGCCCGGCGGCGACUCCUAUGUCCUGAACAACACCCUGGGCCUCACCCGCAACGGGAUGCUGGGCCCCGAGCAGACCUUGCCCAAGACGGGCCUGCUGGUCAACAUCCUGGGUGUGAUCUUCAUGGAUGGCAACAGCGCCCCUGAGGAAGACAUCUGGGAGGUACUGGGGGCUGUGGGGGUGUAUGCUGGGAUAGAGCACUUCAUCUAUGGGGAGCCCAGGAAGCUCCUCACUGAAGUGUGGGUACAGGAGCAGUACCUGGAGUACCGGCAGGUGGCCGGCAGUGAUCCCCCCCGUUACGAGUUCCUGUGGGGUCCCCGGACCCACGCCGAGACCAGCAAGAUGAAAGUCCUUGAGUUUUUGGCCAAGAUCAAUGAGACUGUCCCUAGUGCCUUUCCUAUCUGGUACGAGGAGGCCUUGAGAGAGGAGAGAGAGAAAUCCGGAACAGGGGAAGGGGCUGGUGACGGCGAGGGGGCUGUGGCAGGAGAGGAGGCUGGGGCUGACGAGGGGGCCAGCGAGGGGGCCAGGGAAGCCGUGGAGGCCUGGGCCAGCGUGGGGGCCUGGGCCAGCGAGGGGUCCUGGGCCGGUGUGGAGGCCUGGGUCAGCGAGGUGGCCGGGGCAGGCGUGGAGGCCAGGGCUGGUGAGGGGGCCGGCGAGGGGGCUGGGGCUGACGAGGGGGCUGGGGCAGGUGAGGGGGCCGGGGCACGUAUGGAGGCCUGGGCUGGUGAGGGGCCCAGCGAGGGGACUGGGGAAGGCGAGGAGGCUGGGAUAGGCGAGGAGGCCGGGGCAGGCGAGGAGGCUGGGGCAGGCGAGGAGGCUGGGGCAGGCGAAGGGGCCAGGGCAGGCGAGGGGGCCGGUGCAGACGAGGAGGCCGGGGCAGGUGAGAGGGCCGGGGCAGGCGUGGAGGCCAGGAUAGGCGAGGAGGCCGGGGCAGGAGAGGAGGCCGGGGCAGGCGAGGGGGCCGGGGCAGGUGGCCAAGCUGAGCCAGCCGGGGAUCCAGGGCUGGAGCCUGUUUUGGCACCACAACCAGCAGCUUCUCUGGCCCCCGGUGACAUCUGA